CUUUCCCUGCAGACACCGUCGCCUUUGCAACUUUCCUCGCACUUCGCGCCAGGCGAGGGGAGCAGAAGCGCGCCCGCGUCGGCCGCGCCAGCAACUAGCGCGGAGGAAAAGAGAAGGAGCUGCCUUGUGCCCGCGCGGCGCAGAAUGAAGUCGGGACUGUGAGGGAAGGGAGAGCGGCACUUUUGUGUGUGUGUGUGUGGUGUUUUUUUUUUUUUUUUGCGCCACCGCGGGACAUGGAUUGGAGCAGCUGCCGUAGCCUCCGCCGCCGCCACCACCUCCGUCCUGCGCUUUGAUGCCGGAGGAGUUCGCCCCUUUCCCUUGUCCGUCUCUCGCUCGCUCUCUCGCAAUGGAGGGACUCCGCUGGGGCAAAGCUUGCCGGUGCCGGGCACCCGUGGCAGCGGGUAGGUAGACGGCGGGGAAGGAAGUCUGCAGGAGUGUUCGGGAGGCGUCGAGCCUCGCGCGGGAGGAGGCGGCGGCGCCGUGGCAGCGGUACCUGGCUGGGCUGAUCUGCGAUUGUCUCGGUUCGAUCGCGGAUGGACCUUGCGAAGGAGGCUUCUUCGCUCCAGCGCUGGAGCGGGUCUCCCCUCCCCGCCCCCCGACCAGAACAACCCUGUCAUUUGUCGCCGGAGAAGAUUGCGAGAAGUUGGGUUUGGGGCUUCCUCGAUUGGAUUACUUGGCUGCUAAACUAGACGGUUUCCUGAUUCUCUUCUGGUCCCCUCGGCCGUCGUCUCUUCCUCCCUCCCCCUCCUCCCCACAAUGGAGAAGUCCAUGGGAGCAAUAAUGCAAAGUGGAACUUUGUGGACAGGGGCAAUGACUUCCAAGUACCUUUUGUUGGGUCUGACCAUCUUCUCUUCGCUUCUCCAAAUCAUGAUAGAAGCCAGCUCUUGGUGGUCUCUAGGUAUGAACCAUAUGAAUCCUAUGAACCCUGUCCAGAUGCCAGAGGUGUAUAUAAUUGGAGCCCAACCUCUCUGUAGCCAAUUGGCAGGGCUGUCUCAAGGACAAAAGAAACUCUGCCAUUUGUACCAGGAUCACAUGCAAUACAUUGGAGAGGGCGCAAAGACAGGGAUCAAAGAAUGCCAGUAUCAGUUCCGCCACAGAAGAUGGAAUUGUAGCACUGUGGAUAAUAACUCUGUCUUUGGCAGAGUCAUGCAGAUAGGCAGCCGGGAAACUGCUUUUACCUAUGCUGUCAGUGCUGCUGGUGUGGUGAAUGCCAUGAGCCGGGCCUGCCGAGAGGGAGAGCUCUCUUCCUGUGGCUGCAGCAGGGCUGCCCGGCCAAAAGAUCUACCUCGGGACUGGCUGUGGGGGGGCUGUGGAGACAACAUUGAUUAUGGCUACCGUUUUGCAAAGGAGUUUGUGGAUGCCCGUGAGCGAGAGCGGAUCUAUCAGAAAGGAUCUUAUGAGAGCGCUAGAAUUUUGAUGAACAUACAUAACAAUGAAGCAGGAAGAAGAACAGUGUAUAGCUUGGCAGACGUAGCCUGCAAAUGUCACGGUGUGUCCGGAUCAUGCAGCUUAAAGACCUGUUGGCUGCAGUUGGCUGACUUUCGCAAGGUGGGCGAUGCUUUGAAGGAAAAAUACGACAGUGCUGCCGCUAUGAAACUCAAUCUCCGUGGCAAACUGGUUCAGGUGAACAGCCGCUUCAAUGCACCGACUAUUUAUGACCUGGUGUACAUUGACCCUAGUCCUGAUUACUGCGUGCGCAACGAGAGCACUGGGUCUCUGGGCACCCAGGGUCGACUCUGCAAUAAGACUUCAGAAGGCAUGGAUGGCUGUGAACUUAUGUGCUGUGGCCGAGGUUAUGACCAGUUCAAGACUGUGCAGACAGAACGCUGCCAUUGCAAGUUCCAUUGGUGCUGCUACGUGAAAUGCAAGAAAUGCACAGAGAUUGUGGACCAAUUUGUCUGCAAAUAAGUGGGUUGGGUGAGAGAACCUCUUCCAGUCCACCAGCAGGGGAAUUGCCCUAAAUGAUCUCAGUUCUUAUUUAUAGUGCCCAAUGGGUUGCUUUCCUUGUUUAUAUGUUAAAUCUUUUGCAAAGAGAAAUGAUGGGGAAAUCUUGUUACAUCCAGCUCUGAUUGUGCAUAGUUUUAUAUUUUUUGCAAUAAUUGGGAGGGGGGGAAGGAAUGGACAGAAUAUUUAUUUGCAUAUUUGGGAUUAAGAUUUAACAAUAGCAAUGAAAAUAGGAUAGCUUAAAAGGAUAUCCAUUCUAUCCCAAAACAGUCACAAGAAACAUGGUAUAAAUGCAGUAGAUGAGGUAUUUGUGUCACAUGCUUUAGAUCAGAGCAUGGCUGGACUUGGUAAUAUAAAAAAAUCUGGACAUGGCUUUUGUUCAUAACUUUAGUGACCAAAAAAUAAUAAAAAUAAAAAUGUUUUAAUGGUAAUGAUUAGUUGAUCUAUAAAAUUUUAGCACAACAUUCUUCAAACGUAUUUGCAUGACCCCCUGCAGGGAUGGGUAAAAGCAUAAGGUCCCUAAACUACUAUUGUGGUGCUAGGUAAUUAAAUUAAUUUGAGUUUUUUCAUUUAUGCUUGGCCUACAUAUGAACAUGCACUGAGUGAGGACAUGGCGUGUAAAGAUGCUAGGAAGGAAACAUGCACUUCUUUCACCAUCAUUCACAUAAUGCAUUUCUCAGAAGACAUAGGAUUUGAAUUAGCAAAUACCAUUUCUUAAAAAUUAUAAACAAAAUCAAGAGGAAGAAAACGUGACUCAUUGUAGAUCAAAGCAAUAUUUGGAAUACUGCAAAUUGCAGUGAAAUAAGCACGUCUCAUCCAUGUUUAGACAGCCUUCUGCCUUAGUUUAAAAGAAUAUUAAUGAGUUAACUUCAGGAUUUCUUGAAGUGUGUGUGCUAAAUAAUGCUGGAAACUGAAUCUAUUGUGCAUUACAAAAACAAGAUUCUUUAUUUUUAAAGUGUUAUGGAUAGUAGUUUGUUUCUUUUCAGAAAUGGAAGUUGGCUGAUAGCAUUGUGGAAUUGAGAACUCUUGGCUGUCCUGUAGAGCAGCUUGAUAAUUUAAAAAUGGACAGUGUGGCAAGCAGUACCUUCAUCAUCUGUGCUACUUUUUUUUUGUUUUGUUUUAAUGCACAAUGCUUUAAAAAUAUAUUGUGGCUAUGCACAAACUGCUCAGACUAUAUUUGAGCAGUUACUUGUAUAUGGGAAAACUCUGGUCUGUUGGUAUCUAGUAUCUCAAACCUUUUCUCAUGCAUAUAUGUUGUCAGUACAAACUACAAACCAAUGAUUUCUUUAAGAAAAAAAGAACAUAAAGUCUGUUCAAAUUACCAGACAGUUUCUUUGUUUAGACUAAGCAUAUUAUUAUCCUCCCCCAUUUUUAAAAACACUGUCAAUUCACUUAAGGGGCUUUAUUUGGGUUGGACGCUGGCCUCCCUUUUUCUAGGGUUUGAAAAUUGUUGAAGGGCAAGUCAGUCACAAUUUAACUCUCUCUUUUUCCUUUCAGAAAGUAUUGGAUUUUUCAACUUGGUUUAGUGAAAGAUUUGGCAUGAUCUGAAUUGUUGGUUGUGCACUUGAGCGCAGAAUUCCAGAAAGUUUAAUGUACGGUUUAGAACAGCCUGGCUCAACCUGGUUCUCCACCUAAUGUCCGACACUAUGCUGUCCUUAAUGUCCCAACACUUAGCUGGGAUGAGUUGAAACAGAUUUAUUGCAAGUUCAUUGUUGCUAGUAAUGGAAACAAGUUUUCUUAGACAAAUUAUACCUUCUCCUUUUUUAUAAAUAAAUAAAUUCUGUGGUUAAACUAGCAUAUUAUACAGACGCAGAAGCCAUAGUAAAUCUCUGUAUUGUUUCAAUUUUAGUACAUGUGCUGUUGAAGCAUGUUUUGGCAAGACAUUUAGUAGAAUUGGAACAAUACAGAGAAAAUUAGCAUGGCCCCUUGUACAGGGAUAACAUGCCAGUUUUCAUGUAAGAAGAGAAUCUUUUUUCCCUUGACACAAAUUUAAUGCAUUCUUCAGCUUCCAAGACCUCACCCAAAUUCACCCACCCCAAUAAAUAUAAGCAGAUUGGAAUUAAUGCCAGACUUCCACCUUUCAUUAACAUACCAGAAGUUUCAUUUCUCACAGGCUGUGAGCUUUCUCAUUAAUGCCAUCAUGAUUAUCAGCUUUUACAAUGAUGAUUGCUCUUAAUUUAUUGUGCAAGGAAAUAUUUACUUCCAUGGUUCCUAGUAUUUGCAAACCAAUGGCAACAAUAACUUUCAUAAAUAAAUAAAGCACUAGUUCCUUGAAUACGUCACUUUUGGUUUUUAUUAUACAAAAACCACAUUUUAAAAUUAUGUUGAACACUUAUCCUUUAUCAUGACUUCUGCCUAUGAGCAGAGACGUCAAAUGAUCCUAGCUAUUAAAAAUGCUAUUUAAUGUAAAAUACUUCACUUUAUUCUUCAGAUACUAUGUAAAUCUACUAUGUUCUCCUCUUCGUUCUGUACAUUUAAUGUACAUAAUUUUGUCUCGUGUGAUUUGUAUAUUUCCUUGGGUUUUUUUAAAGGCUUAUGCCAUAUUGGAAGAUAGACUAUAAAAUAAAAUGUUAGUUAUA